UUAUGCCUCGCUCGCCCCGCCCCUGUCGGUGACGUCACUCGUGGAGCUUGCGCCCGGUUAUUGUCGCAGGCCGCUGGAACAACUGGACCGGAGAGAGGAGUAAAGACCCGGCCGUCCCGUGUAUUACUGUACACGGCGGAGCUGUGCAAUGGCGGCCGUGCCUUCCAGGCGCUCCCUGCAACAAGCAGUGUCCGGGGCAGCUGGGCAGCAGCCUCCCCCGUCCUCCUCUCCUCCUCCUCCCGCAGCUUCUCCGCCGCCGCCGCUUUCCUCCGAGCUCCAGUCCCCUCCUCGCAGCCCGGAGAUGCCUCCAGCCUCCCAGCGCCAGGGCCCGGAUUCUCAGCCUGAGGGAGAAGCGGCUCCUGUGCCGGGGUUCCUGCCCAGGCCCCUCUCUCCUCCUCCGGGCGAAGCUGCUGCCAUGUUGUCACCCAGCUCGUCGUCUCUUCCUUCAGCGCCGGCCCCCAGCUCCGGGAGCAGCAGCUCGUCCUCCAGCACCAGCCUGUCCUCCGGGGGCAGCCCGCCGGAGAGCCCCGACCCCGUGGGAGGAGGCCUAGGCCCCGGGGGGCCACUGAGCGCAGUGAGCGGAGCCUUCCGGGAACUCUUCGAGGCUUGCAGGAACGGGGACGUGUCCCGGGUGCGGAGACUGCUGGAGCCAGGGAAUGUCAAUGCCAAGGACAUGGCUGGCAGGAAGUCUACCCCUCUGCACUUCGCAGCAGGGUUUGGAAGAAAAGAUGUAGUGGAGCAUCUGCUGCAGACAGGGGCAAACGUACAUGCCAGGGAUGACGGCGGUCUUAUUCCUCUGCACAAUGCUUGUUCCUUUGGGCAUGCCGAAGUUGUGACCCUUCUGCUCUGUCAGGGGGCAGACCCCAAUGCCAGAGACAAUUGGAACUACACUCCUCUGCAUGAGGCAGCGAUUAAAGGGAAGAUCGAUGUUUGCAUAGUACUGCUGCAACACGGCGCUGAUCCCAGCAUCCGGAACACCGAUGGCAAAUCAGCCCUGGACCUGGCUGAUCCUUCAGCGAAAGCUGUGCUUACCGGUGAAUACAAAAAGGACGAACUCCUGGAAGCUGCCAGGAGUGGGAAUGAGGAAAAACUCAUGGCUCUGCUUACACCUUUAAAUGUCAACUGCCAUGCCAGUGAUGGACGCAAGUCUACACCAUUACACUUGGCGGCAGGAUACAAUAGAGUCCGAAUUGUCCAACUGCUCCUUCAGCAUGGUGCUGACGUACAUGCGAAGGAUAAGGGCGGGUUAGUGCCUUUGCAUAAUGCUUGUUCCUAUGGACACUUUGAAGUCACAGAAUUAUUACUUAAGCAUGGAGCGUGCGUCAAUGCCAUGGAUCUCUGGCAGUUUACACCAUUACAUGAGGCUGCAUCCAAGAAUCGGGUUGAAGUUUGCUCCUUGCUGCUGAGUCAUGGUGCAGAUCCAACACUAGUCAAUUGCCAUGGAAAAAGUGCAGUGGACAUGGCACCUACUCCAGAGCUCAAAGAGAGAUUAACCUAUGAAUUCAAAGGACAUUCUCUGCUACAAGCUGCCAGGGAGGCAGACCUGGCCAAAGUGAAGAAGACACUUGCUUUGGAGAUCAUCAAUUUUAAGCAACCGCAGUCCCAUGAGACCGCACUGCACUGUGCAGUGGCCUCUCUCCAUCCAAAAAGGAAGCAGAUAACAGAGUUGUUGCUCAGGAAGGGAGCCAGCGUCAAUGAGAAGAACAAAGACUUCAUGACGCCUUUACAUGUAGCUGCUGAAAGAGCACACAAUGAUGUCGUUGAAGUUCUGCAUAAACAUGGAGCAAAGAUGAAUGCCUUGGACACACUUGGGCAAACAGCCCUGCACAGAGCUGCACUGGGAGGUCACGUGCAGACGUGUCGUCUUCUGUUGAGCUUUGGCUCGGAUGCGUCAAUCAUCUCUCUGCAAGGUUUUACAGCAGCACAGAUGGGAAAUGAAGCUGUGCAGCAAAUUCUAAGCGAAAGCACACCAGCCCGCACUUCUGAUGUGGAUUACAGACUGCUUGAAGCAUCAAAAGCGGGAGACCUGGAUACUGUAAAGCAGCUUUGCAGCGCCCAGAACGUGAAUUGCAGGGAUCUUGAAGGUCGCCAUUCAACGCCAUUACAUUUUGCUGCUGGUUAUAACAGAGUUUCUGUUGUGGAAUAUCUGCUACAUCAUGGUGCUGAUGUACAUGCCAAAGAUAAGGGUGGCUUAGUCCCUCUACACAAUGCCUGCUCCUAUGGACACUAUGAAGUGGCAGAGUUGUUAGUGAGGCAUGGGGCCUCGGUAAAUGUUGCAGAUCUCUGGAAAUUUACUCCACUACAUGAAGCAGCUGCUAAAGGAAAAUAUGAGAUCUGCAAACUGUUAUUAAAGCACGGAGCGGAUCCAACCAAGAAAAACAGGGAUGGCAACACACCCCUGGAUUUGGUAAAAGAUGGGGACACGGACAUUCAAGAUUUAUUACGAGGAGAUGCUGCUCUGCUUGACGCAGCUAAAAAAGGCUGCUUAGCAAGAGUGCAAAAGCUUUGCACACAAGAAAACAUUAACUGCAGGGACACCCAAGGGAGAAACUCGACCCCUCUGCAUCUAGCAGCUGGCUACAACAACCUGGAGGUGGCUGAAUAUCUCCUAGAGCAUGGUGCAGAUGUCAACGCACAAGAUAAAGGAGGACUUAUUCCCUUACACAAUGCAGCAUCAUAUGGACACGUUGACAUUGCAGCAUUAUUGAUAAAGUACAACACUUGCGUGAAUGCCACAGAUAAAUGGGCAUUCACCCCCUUACAUGAAGCCGCCCAGAAAGGAAGAACGCAGUUGUGUGCUCUCCUUUUAGCACAUGGUGCAGAUCCCACAAUGAAGAACCAGGAAAGCCAAACGCCACUAGAUUUAGCUACAGCAGAUGAUAUUCGAGCUCUGCUAAUAGAUGCAAUGCCUCCUGAGGCUUUACCUAGCUGCUUCAAACCUCAAGCAACAGUAGUCAGUGCCUCCAUUAUAUCACCAGCGUCUACCCCCUCGUGUCUGUCUGCUGCCAGCAGCAUUGAUAAUCUAACUGGUCCCUUGGCCGAUCUGGCUGCAGGAAGUUCUUCAAAUGCUGGCGAUGGAGCUGCAGGGACGGAAAGGAAAGAAGGAGAAGUCACCUGUCUUGACAUGAACAUCAAUCAGUUUCUGAAAAGCCUGGGUCUAGAGCACCUUCGGGAUAUCUUUGAAACGGAACAGAUUACAUUAGAUGUGCUGGCAGACAUGGGACACGAAGAGCUGAAAGAGAUUGGAAUUAACGCUUAUGGCCAUCGUCACAAGUUGAUCAAGGGGGUGGAGAGACUUCUGGGGGGCCAGCAAGGAACCAAUCCUUAUUUGACUUUUCACUGUGUAAGUCAAGGAACUGUUCUCUUGGAUCUUGCUUCAGAUGAUAAAGAAUAUCAGUCAGUUGAGGAAGAGAUGCAAAACUCUAUCCGUGAACACAGAGAUGGGGGCAACGCCGGUGGGGUUUUCAAUCGAUACAAUGUGAUCAGGAUUCAAAAGGUUGUAAAUAAGAAACUGAGAGAGAGAUUCUGUCACCGUCAAAAGGAGGUGUCUGAAGAAAACCAUAAUCACCAUAAUGAACGCAUGUUGUUCCAUGGUUCUCCCUUUAUCAAUGCAAUCAUUCACAAAGGCUUUGAUGAGCGGCAUGCAUACAUUGGGGGCAUGUUUGGCGCUGGCAUCUACUUUGCAGAAAAUUCUUCAAAAAGCAAUCAGUAUGUGUAUGGCAUAGGAGGAGGAACUGGGUGCCCAACGCACAAGGAUAGAUCCUGUUAUAUUUGCCACAGACAAAUGCUGUUCUGUAGAGUGACGCUUGGCAAGUCUUUCCUACAAUUUAGCACUAUGAAGAUGGCACAUGCCCCUCCGGGCCAUCAUUCGGUUAUUGGCAGGCCUAGUGUAAAUGGACUUGCAUAUGCAGAAUAUGUAAUCUACAGAGGAGAACAGGCUUACCCAGAGUAUCUCAUCACAUACCAGAUUGUGAAGCCAGAAGCUCCUCUACAAGCUGCCACAACAGCAGAACAGAAAACCUAGAAAAUCAGGAUCUCAAUGGACUUUUCAAAAAUGAACAACACAGUGACUAAGAGACUUGAUAAGUGUUACAUUGAUGGUGGACGCACUCCCACUGGCUACUGUUCCUUUAAUGAAGAUGUUUACAAGGAGCUGCCUUUUUUUUAAAUAAAGUUUCUCAGGCUCAUUUUAACUAGAUCAUCCAAGGCAAAAAAAAAAAAAAACAUAUUUGCAAAAAAAAUGUGUCUGAGGUUUUAGCAGCAUUAUAUUAUGUAUUGCCACAUCAUCAUUUCCAAACUGGUUUGAGUGUUACAUGUACGUGUAACGUUUUCUGUGACCAUUUUAUUAAACUGUCAGCUUGACUACUUGGAAAGAG